AUGGCUCAGAGCUUCUCCAGACACACACACACUGCUGGAGAUGGAGAUGGAGACGAGGUGGGCGCUCUCCUCCACCUCAUCCUACCAGGACAGGAGGGCCGUAAUUGUGAGACCUUCACUCUCUUCCAGUUGAUAGCAGUGGGACUUGCUAUCUUCUUCGUCGCCGGGUUACUCUCCGCAAUGGGCUUUUCCUACUGUUACCAUGUCAACCGGACGUCGUCGGAUUCUGCGGUCAUCCACCCCAGCACGCCCAACCACCUGAACUACAACAAACCUGGCAACGCAGCGCCCAAGAACGAGAAGUACAUCCCCAUGGAGUUCAAGACUCUGAACAAGAACAACCUCCACGUGAACGACGACACCUGUCACCACUUCUCCACGUCUCUGGGUCCUUCAAACGUCUUCAGCACCACCUACUUCCCCCCUGGGCUGAGCAAAUACGACUACCACCACCAGGACGCAGCGUGCAGGACUUUUCACAUGCAUAGCUGA